AUGCGUGGAACAGGGCUGGAGCAUCGUGCAGGAUCCGGAGCAGUGCGCCAGGGCUGCCAACGCCUUGGGCCUAACGCCAACACUCCACGAUGCGACAGCGAGCCUUCGUCGAACCCGACCCUCCCAGCAGGUUGCUAUGGAGACACGCUCCUCAAGUUCAACCCUUACCUGGAGAGCAACGAGUCUUUCGUUGGCCAGACAAGCAGCUUGGGCUACGUCUGCGUGAAGGUCCUGGAGAGCGAGGACUACGACGUCCCGCGCGUCUGCGCCGAUGGCCAGCUGCAGGCUGGGGGCCCUUUCCUCUUCCAGAGGAAGAUGGGAAGGACCGACGCAGCCGAGAUGUCAUGUGCUGCAGCCUGCUUUGCCAGCGGAGGUGUGGCUUUUGAUAUCGCCUUCGCCAACACCCGCGACAGCUGUCGCUGCGUGGGCACCGAGGGCGCACAGAACCCGUCGGACGAUCCGGGCAGAGGCAAGAAGAGACGCUACUGCGCUCGGCCCGCACCUUCUGCAAGCUGCGCAGCUGGAGAGGCUCCAGAUGUGCUUGCGGAAGAUCUUCUCUUCGAAACGAGCUGGACUGACGAGAAGCUCUGCGCUGGAGCCUGCUACGCCGCAGCUUCUGACCCAAGCCUCGUGGCCUUCCAGGUCGAUUCAGAGGAGAGUGAAAGCUCUUGCCGAUGCUUCUAUCACAAGAAUCAGGCUCCGGUCGUGGGGCAUCUCACCAGGCAGUACUGUUCCUUCCCAGAAGCUCAGAGAGUGUCGCUGCUGCAGAUCGAGAACACGGCUGCAACAACGAAUCUGGGCGAGCAGACGCAGCAGCAAGAGCAGACGCAGCAGCAAGACAUCCCACGUGCCUGCUCUGCAGGGCAGACGCAGCCUUAUGGCCCUUACCUCUUUCUCCGCGAGUUGAACAGCGAGAAAGAGUGCGCGGAGGCAUGCUUCACAGCCGGUGGCGUCGCCUUCGACUACACCUUGAAGCUGAAAUCCGACAGCUGCCGCUGUGUGGGCUUGGAGGGCGCCAAGAGCCCCCGUAGCAACACGGGCGGGGACAAGAGGACUUACUGCGCAAAGCCCCAGGGGAGCUCCUGUCGGCUUGGGGAAGUGCCGGAAAGCCCGGACACGGUUCUGUUUAUAGCCAAGUUCCCCGAUGAGGCAGCCUGCGGUGCGUUCUGCUGGGCCGCCGGAGGCAUCGCCUCGCAGACGGGACGCGUGGUCUAUGACUACACCACUCAAGUCCGAAAAGACAGCUGCCGCUGCGUGAUGCCGGGGCAAGCACUGACAAGACGGCCAGGAGGUGGAAGACGCAUGCUUUGCAGAUUCAACGACGUGCUGUCGCCAUUUUGCGGCGCGAGUGGCUGCAGCGCCGGCUACGACGGUGAUUUCAUGCAAUUCAACCGUGGAUCAGAUGUCUCCUUCCAACCACGAUUCUUCCUGCGGGCGCCGUCGGGACUCAGCAAGGACGGCACCUGUGUCUACUUCGGCGACAGGGUCGCCAUCGCUGCCUCUGCAGAUCAAGCCGAGACGGACUGCGGCUGGUAUGGGUGCAAGGUGGCCAGCGUCAACGAGGAGGGCGCGAUGGCCUUCCAGGCAGGAGGCGAGAGCCCCACGCUUUUCUACCUAAGACCGGCCCUGGCGGAGUCCGGCUCCUACGACGAUCCCUCCAGAGACUCCCAGCUCUGA